AUGAUAAUGAGCGAUUUCGAGCCGGCUUUAGCUGGUGUUGUUAAAGCUGAAUUUAGUACAUCAACACAUGUUUCGUGUUACUUCCACUAUAGUCAAGCCAUAUAUCGUGCAAUACAACGAGUUGGAUUAUCUUCAUCUUACAACAAUGAUGAUAGUAUUAAACAUAUAUGUCGACAAUUAAUGGCACUUCCACUAUUACCAGAACCUGUUAUUGAAGAUACAUAUGAUGAAUUAAUACGAAAUUCGUCAAUAACAAUGAGAAAAAAAUUAAAUGAUUUAUUAGAAUAUUUUGACGAACAAUGGUUUAACAAAGUUCCUAUUUCUCAAUGGUGUGUCCAUGGUUUGUCUAUACGAACUAAUAAUAAUGCCGAAGCAUUUCAUAGUCGUUUCAAUCGUCGAGUACAACUUCAUCAUCCCAACAUGUGGUCAUUUAUCAAGUUUCUUAAAGGAGAAGAAAGCCGUUUUCAUCAUAUGUAUACUCAAUUCAAUGCAGGUUUAGGAGCAAGA